CUCAACCUUCGUUGUCAACGGGCAAGGAGGGCGACAGCAGACAGCAGUUGACCAGAGUGGCAGCAGGGAGUGGAUUUUGACUUUGGGGCCCAGCUCUCAGCUUCUCGAGCCGCCAUCCCUGUGACCGUCCCACCCACCACAGAGACAGCGAGCACAGACAACUCCGGUUCUCCUCUGACCGGAGAACGCAUCGGCCGAUUGAAUGCGCAAGAGCAACGCCAAACGAUCCUCCCCCCCCUUGUCCGCGCCGCCAUCAUGGGAGACACCGCCGUCGCGGCGCUCAACGCCCUCCUCCGAGGUGCCUCCAUCGACGACCACGCCGAGGCACUCGACCUCGCAAGUGCCGCCCUGCGCUCUGCAAAGGGUCGUGGUGCCCAACUGGUCGCAGCCCAGCACACGCGCGUGGUGGCGCUCCUGAACCUCGACCGCUUUGACGACGCCCUGCGCGCCAUUGCUGAGGGCGGUGAUGCCCUGGCCAAGACGUGCGUCUUCGAGAAGGCAUAUGCGCUCUACAAGACGGGGGACUUGGAGGCGGCCGAGGCUGUGCUGCGGGACGCCGGGGUUUCCAGCGGAAGGGCGCUCAGGGGCCUGAAGCACAUCGCCGCCCAAAUAGCAUACCGCGCCGAGAAGUUCGACCAGGCCGCCGCAACCUACCGAGAGCUCGCGGCAGAUCGGGACGGCGGAAACUACGGAGAGGAGAACGACCUGCGUAUCAACCUGUCCGCAGUCAAUGCGCAGCUCGAGUGGCAGGGCAAGGGUUGGGCGGUGCCGGAACAGGAGAAACAGCCUGCCAGAGAGGACCUGGAAGCGUUUGAGACUGCUUAUAAUGCCGCCUGUGGCUGCAUAUCCCGUGGGGACUAUACCAAGGCCGCCGUCUUUCUGAAGCGCUCGAGGGACUUGUGCGAGGCCACGGAUGAAUUGAGUGACGAGGAGAAGAAGGCGGAGCUGGUGCCCAUCAUCGUGCAACAAGCGUAUGUCUUCACCAAGCUCGGCAAGUUAGAAGAAGCCGUCAGCCUUCAGAACUCCCUGAACCUCGACGAUACCGCGGACCCUUCUGCCAAGCUCGUGGCCCGCACCAACUCCCUCGUUCUCCAGGCCGAGACCAACCCGUACCUGGCACAGCGGUUUGGCGAGUCUCUUUCCGAAGGCAAGGGGAACGACAGGUUGUUUGAGUACCAGAGCUCUGUUCUUCGCCGCAAUAGAUACGUCCUCAGUCUACAAGUCCAGAAGUUUCCCGGCGUUGAGAGGUCCACUUCCAGGAUACUGUCCAAGGACACGGCUCCGUCCAUUUCGAGCUCCAAGUGCGACCUUGGAGUUCUCGAAGCGGCAGCGGCAUGCCAGCUCCGAACUGGCCAAGAAGCGCUGCGCAGAAUCCUUCCGCUGCUCGAGACACGGCCUGACGACGUCGGCCUUCUGCUCACCGCCAUCCAGCUUUACAUCCGGCUCCAGAACCCCAGCCCUGCUAUAACACUCCUAGAAGCAUUCUUUAAGCGCCUGGAGGUUGCCGCCACUCCCGAUCAUGCCGAUGUGCGCUUCGCCCCAGGACUGGUUGCUCUUGCUGUAUCUCUCUACCGUACACAAGGUCGGCAAGCAGCGAUACGCAAGGAGCUCGCCAAGGCUGCCGCACACUGGCAAGGGAAGACGGGCAUCGCCGCCUCUGGGCCGGGUACCUCACUCCUGCGCGAGGCCGGUAUCGAGCUCCUCCGCUCGUCCCAUCCCGCCGACCUCGCCGCAGCGGGCGAGGCUUUCUCUCACCUAGUCGCGGUUCAACCCGAGGAUCGCAUCGCCAAGGCCGGUCUUGUCGCUAGCUUCGCGACAACCGAACUCUCCAAAGCCCAGCCCUACCUCGACGCCCUCCCUUCCGUCGAGGACUUGACCCGAGGCGUGGAUGUUGCCGCCCUGCUAGAAGCAGGCGUCGCCACGGCUGCUCCCGCGUCACAUGUACAGCAGCAGGCAAGAGGCAAAAAGCGUUCCCGCGAGGACGGGGCGGAAGAAGAAGGGGCCGGCAAAGGGAAGCAGCAGGCCCAGCCCGCCAAAAAGCGCAGAAAGAGGAAGCUGCCCAAGUCGUACGACCCCGACAAGAAGCCCGAUCCGGAACGGUGGCUGCCCUUGCGUGACCGGAGCAGCUACCGGCCCAAGGGCAAGAAGGGCAAGAAGCGGGCCGCCGAGGCCACGCAGGGCGGCAUCGUGCGCGAGGAGGAGACGCUCGAGCUGGCCGGCGGUGCUGGGUCCGUCAAAGUGGAAAAGGCGCCCGCACCAGGGGGCGGGGGUGGGAAGAAGAAGAAGAAGGGGAAGAAAUGAGGGAGGUGUGCCUUGCCAAACGAUCUGGAAGGCCACCCUUAUGUCAUAUAUAGGCGAUGCUCUAGCCUCUGCUACUGCCGGCCGUUAGACCAUGGAUAAAUAAAACCGCUUUUCUCAAGGAAAGUUGUA